CUCCUAUGUUGCAGCGUGAUGUUUGGUGGACUAUAUGAAAUAAUGACGGUGAUUGCGCUCCAUACGCCUGAACACAGGUGUAAAAUUCCCGGACUGGAAAAUGACACUUACAAUGUACAAAGUAGCUACCAUCUGGAACUUGUCAACAAUUACAUACCACCGUCAGCAGAUGAAACCACCCUUGAUUAUGACCGAUGCCAUAUGUACUUAUUUAAUGCCAGUGAUGUUAUAUUUGACAAAUCCAGUAAACCUGUCAACGCUUCUCUCGUUAAAUGCACGGAAUGGGUUUACAGCAACUCCUUGUUUGAUGAAACCUUUACCUCCAAGUUCAACAUUGUUUGCGAUAGGACUCGCCUUGUGCCGCUGUGCAAGUCAUUGUUUGUUGUUGGAAAGUUCCUGGGGUCUUUUCUGUUUGGUCGACUUUCUGACCAAAUUGGUCGUAAAACGACGCAUUGCUCAGCUUUGAUGUUGAUGUUCGGUCUGACGUUUGGAAUGUCUUGGUCGUCCUCCUACGCGGUGUUCACUAUCAUUAUAACAGCAAUUGGUGCCGCCACACAGGGAAUCUUCGGCGUAGGUUUCAUCUUGGGUGUUGAAUUGGUUGGGCCAUCAAAAAGAAAAUACGCUGCCCUGUUUCUCCAAGAUUUCUUUUCACUCGGUGUGGUAGUUCUGUCUGGCGUAAGUUUCUUUGUCAGACACUGGCACUACAUCAACAUUGUUUGUUCCGCUCCAGCUCUUCUGUUUGUCCUGUACUGGUGGCUGCUCCCUGAAUCACCUCGUUGGUUGAUAAGUAAACACCGAAUGGAAGAGGCCAACGUCAUUCUUCAAAAGACAGCCAAGGUUAAUAAGAGGAACGUAAUGAUUACCCGACUGUAUAGGAAUGUAGAGAGUAAGGUCCAAGCACCAACCGGCAAUUUGUUUCAGUUUCUCUUCUCAAGAGGCGUUCUUUCUCGAGCGCUCAUUCUAUUUUUCAAUUGGUCAGUCGUUAACAUGACGUACUAUGGACUCUCACUUAAUGCUGGAAACAUGAAAGGAAAUUUCUUUUUGAAUAUAUUUUUAGCAGGAUUGAUAGAAAUUCCAGCGAUAAUCAUGGUCAGUUUUUGUGUGGAUCGGGCUGGACGGAAACGAGUUUAUAGUUUAAGCAUAAUACUUGCAGGAUGUGCGUGUGCGUCAUCAAUGCUUGUCAUGUUGUUUCUCCAGCCAGAAAAUCCCAUCAUCGUCAUAGCUGCUGCCAUGGUUUGUAAAUUUUUCGCAUCAGCCGCAUAUAAUACCAUAUAUUUGUUUUCAUCGGAAUUGUUUCCGACUAUGACAAGAAACGCGGGUAUGGGUGCGAGUGCAUGUGCAGCACGAUUAGGUGGAAUCAUGGCACCAUAUGUUGCAGAUGCGACAAUUUUGGUAAGCGGAAAGGUCGGACAAAUUCUGCCGUUUGGAGUUUUCGGGAUGCUUUCCAUAAUGGCAGGAUUAUCAUCCAUAUAUUUGCCGGAAACAAGGGAUGCAAUCUUACCGGAAACAAUUGAAGACGGGAAACGUUUUUGGAAAUGCCGGGCGGAUCAGGAAACAAGGGACAUAGAAACUCCAGAAUGCAAAGACAAUUCAGAAGUAAACAGCGGAUAUUCAGCUGAAAUGGAAAUGACAAGAUUCUAA